AUGUGGUUUUCUAAAACUAACUUUCCUGUUGAAGGGAAAACAGCAUUAAUUGUUGGUGCAUCCCAGGGAAUAGGGGUCAACUUAGCCGAAAGAUUGUAUGAGAAAAACUGUUCAACAAUAUUAGUUGCAAGAACAGAAUCAAAGCUACAACGCCAAAUUCAAAACAUCAAAGAAAAAUACCCCAACUCUUCUGCUCAGAUAUCAUAUGCAGUUGCUGAUGUGUCAAAGUACGACGAGUGUACUAAAUUAUGGCAAUCAAUACAUCCUGCUGAUCCAGAUAUACUAUUUUGUUGUGCUGGUUCUUCCAUACCGAAAUUGUUUCAAGAUUUAACUAAAGUGGACAUUGAACUGGGGAUAGACAUCAAUUACAAAACAGUUAUAAAUGUAGUGCACACUGGAUUCAAACACGCUUUGUCCAAUAACAUAGACAAUAUCGAGCCACACAAUUUUAAGAAGAGAAGCGUCGUAUUGUUUAGCUCGGUCGUCAGCUUUUUCCCCUUUAUAGGUUACUCCCAAUACGCCCCCAUGAAAUCUGCAAUUGAAUCGUUAUCUAUUAUUUUGCGCCAAGAGUUAUCACCAUACAACUAUCGUGUCACAUGUAUUUUUCCUGGAAAUUUCCAAAGCGAAGGUUUUGAAGAAGAACAGAAGACCAAGCCUGAUAUAACCAAGAAAAUCGAGGGGCCAAGCAAUCCUAUUCCUGGCGAUGAAUGUGCCAGGUUGAUAAUGGAUCAAUUAGAUAAAGGAUAUGACACGAUAACUACGGAUUUCAUAGGGUGGCUAUUGGGCUGUUCUGUUUUAGGCAUUUCGUCACCACGACAAUGGGGUUUUUUCCAGAUAUUGGUGAGUUUCAUCGUACUGCUUAUUGCUCCAAUUGCAAACUGGUUAAUCAACAGAGAUAUAAAAAACUCGUUUAGGAAAACAAAAAAAGAAUAA